AUAAGUUUGGGGCCAAACAAUUCGGUCGGAAGACCUAUUGUUAUUCAACCAGCCAACUGAACUUCAAUAAUUCCAAAGCAGCUUGCAUUGGAUCAGGGUAUGUCUUGGCCUCAAUUGAUACUUAUGUGGAUUACUUUGACACAAUGAGGGCUAUCAAUCUGUUCCAUUCUGGGGGAAAAAAAGUGUACAUCAGCUUACAAAAUCAAAACAAGCAAAACUGCGGUUCGAACGGAAACCGACCGUGUAAUGGUCUCUUACAAGACGGAUUUGGAAAUACCUUAAACAACUUAACACACGUCGCCCAAAUAAAGAUAAAAAAUGAAGAGCUUUGCAUGUGGUACAAUACGCAAAUCAAAAAGUUUGAGGACACACUUUGCUCGUCAACAGCCUUUUAUCUCUGCGAAAAACUUAAUGGAACACCCAGCUGUGGAGAGGACCAAUUGUACUACAAACUAGACCAUAAGGCAAAUUUUUUGGAGGCUCAACGCAUGUGUCAAAAUCUAAGUUUGAAUUUGACGGUGCCGUUAUCGAAAGUUGACUUGGAAGAAGUGCCAGAUGCUCUAAGUGAGGAUGAGUAUUGGAUCGAUCUUCACAAUCCCAAUAGCGUUGUAUGUCUCGAUGAGGAAUGUGACAAUAAAGAACUAAAAACUGGGGAUGAUCUUACAAUAAGCCUGGCUCCAUUUCAAGGAAUUAAGAUCGAAAUUGACAAGCCAUGCCUUGUGGGCAAGGGUGAUGAGGUCAAAUCGAAAGCUUGCCAUGAACAUAAGAGUGUGAUUUGCAAAAUGAGUUGCCUCCGUGUACUAGCCUCUACAACUAACACCUUUAUGUCAUGGUCAACAACAAGCCAAACUCCAAGCGUAGCUUCAAACCCACAUAGCUGUCAACCAAACACGUCUUUUCAGUCUCUUAACAAUUCCAAGUUCUACAAGACUGCGCCAGGACCCGGUGGAUUUCUGAACGCCCAACAAGGAUGCGCAGUUUUAAACAUGGAAUUAGCUGACAUACAGAACAACGGCGACACUUGGUCAAUUCUUCACUUAUUAGGUUCGAACUGUACAAUAUGUAUAUCUUUAGACGAAUUUCCUUUGUUUCUUCAAUCAGGUGAUUUUAGGCCCUGGUAGUUACUGGGUGUCCCUGUACAACCCGAACUUGGUGUUUUGUAAUUUGUCCAAUGAUUGCAAUGGAAAACUCAGGAACGCGUUUGGUCAAAUCUUCAAUACAAGCCCAUUGACGUCUCAGUUUAACAUUAUUUCUCAACGGUGUAUACGAUUGGAUGUAAAUGAUACCUCCACUCAAUUUGAGAGCGCGGAUUGUGACCAGGAUCUCAAAAUCGCUUGCCAAUCGGCUUGUGCCCUUGGAUCCCCAGAGAUUGGACGUAACCGGUGUCAAGUUCCACCUUUGACCUUGUUUUCUGAUUUAGAUGACACAAUUCCCAACGCCUUUCAAUUUGGAUCUCCAACUUUUUUGACAAAUGAUGCUCACCGAUGGCCUUCUUCGCAUUGUCAUAGUCCAAGGGAGUGGCAACAGACGCCAAACUAAAAUCUCUCAGGUUACAAGCACGACUGGUCUCCUCAAAAUUGAGCGCCAAGAAGGAAAUAUAAGUUUUCGAGCCAAAUUGUUUUUCUUCGUGAGCAUCAACUUGAUCUGAAAUUGGACAAACAUGAUGAAAUUUUCAUUAUUAUUUUUCAUUUUUUCCGAAAUGCUGGGCAUUCUGCGCUGCACGUAAUAUGGUUUACGUUCUACACUUUAGCGGACGCUCUGUGAGUAAGCUUAUAUCAAAUAU